CUGUUGAGCUGUCUAUGCUGUGUGCGUCACACAUCUGUGGUGCGUCAGUGUGCGUCAUUCAUCAGGCGUCAUUGAAGCCGUGUUUCGCCAGAAUUUAUUUCACCUCAUCAAUCAAUAUAAAAGAAAACUAAGUUUGUGCUCAGCUCAGGAUCUGGUCAGAAGUACCAAAUCCAGUAAUUCAAUUGUAACACUUUCAGUCUUUUCCGAGAGCCCUAUCAAAGUAAGAAUGAGUUUCCAGUCACCUAUGCCCAGCAGAGAGUUCCUGUGGGACAUCUUUAGGAGGGUGGACAAGGACAGAAGUGGCUACAUUUCCGCGGAUGAGCUUCAGCAAGCGUUGUCCAAUGGCACAUGGAAUCCUUUUAACCCUGAAACAGUGCGUCUUAUGAUUGGUAUGUUUGACAAGCAGAACAGAGGUGUCAUAUCGUUUGAAGAUUUUGGGGCAUUAUGGAAAUAUGUCAGCGAUUGGCAAAAUUGCUUCAGAUCUUUUGACCGUGACAACUCGGGCAAUAUUGACAGGCAAGAGUUGAAAAACGCCCUGACUGCAUUUGGCUACAGACUGUCUGAUGAAGUGGUCAAUACUAUGGUGCAGAAGUUUGACAGAUUCGGAAGAGGGACGAUACUGUUUGAUGACUUUAUUCAGUGCUGCGUCACUUUAUACACUUUAACAUCAGCAUUCCGUCAAUACGACACAGACCAGGAUGGAGUCAUCACAAUCCAUUAUGAACAAUUCCUGAAAAUGGUGUUUGGACUAAAGGUAUAAACAAAACAUAAAAGAUGAACCUAUACCAUGAGUAUCAGAUGAUACCUACUUUGACUUUUAUAACAACUAUUUAGACUUCUUGUCAAUUUGUUACUAAUAAAUUGCAUUCAAAACAUUAAUUUGAUUGAGAUUAUUAAUUUGAUUGAUGACAAUUAUUAUAAAAAUGAUUUAUUAAGCUCAAUUUAUUAGUAACAGAAAUUUUCUUUUUUGAGAAAUGAAUGUCUGAAACCUGCCUGAAAAUUUAAUUUACAAGCAGGUAAAAAAUAUGUAAGUCUGUGUAACUAAUAUGUAUUAAGCAAUUCUUCAUUUAUUUUUAAUUUUUUUAUUUCCAGUAUUAGUUUGGUUACUAUUCCAUUACCUUUUUAUAACAUUUAGUAAAUUAUGGUUUAAAGCACAAACAAAAUAAAUAAAUAUAUUCCUAUCAUAAAUGUGAAAAAUAAUGAAAUAUGUAAUGAAGUUCUAAAUGAAGAAUCAUACAAUGAAUUUUGUAGCUAUUAUGUAUAUUAAGAAGAUAUAUAAGAAGUAUUGAUUUGAGUAAAGUGUAAGAAUGUAUGUUAAAUGUUGCAUUUCAUUAAUGAAAGCUUUAUUGUUAAAUGUUCGUAAUCACGCUGCUUUAUGACUGUCUACAGUUAUUCAGUGUAAUUAAAGAUUGAAAACAACAACAACAUAAGUUAUCUUCAUGUUGUCAUAAAGUAUUUUUUUAUAGAAAAUCAAUUGAUUCUUUUACGUUUCAAUUCUAAGAAUUACAAUGAAGUAUAAUAAACACUGUCUUCCAAUUUUUCACAGCAUAUUACAAAAUUAUAUGAACCAUUAUAGCAGGCGUGUAAUGGAUAAGCUGAUUGUUAUAUUUUAUCUUAUGGAUGGAGAACUAAUGAGACAUAUUUUAUAGAAGGUUAAUCAAAAUGAAAAGUUAGACUUCAUUUAAAAUUUAAACUGUUGAUAUCUCGAAUCGCUACUCAAUGCGUAAAAUAAUCGGGCUUUGAAUCUGUUCUGUUAGUUCUGACUAAUCAAGAUGUUUUUCUUCCGUCCAGUGUUGGCCGUAAACAUCGAUGAAGAGUUCAUUUUUUCGCCACUGAACCUUGGGGUAAAUAUUUAAGUAGGUAACCUAAUUUUUUAUGGUGUACGUAAACUGUGAAUGGUCAAAGGUAAUAGGCACGUGAUUUUGCUUUGAAACAUUCAUAAACAUUAGCAAGGUAAUGACCUUGUUGAAUCACUUCUUUUUAAUAGCUACUAUUAGAGAUACUUGAUCUAGACUAUUAAAUCUUAUAUUUUCCUACUAA